CCGCCAGGCUUCCCGACUGGAACGGGAGUGGGCACAAGGCCAGGGCUGCCACCCUCGAGGCAGGUAUAAAAGCCAGGGAGGAGCGCCUGGAGCCUGGCUGGGGCAGAGGGGCUAGCUGCCACUGCUGGGGGUUGGGGGGGACCAGGAUGCAGAGCUAAAGCUGCUUCGGACAGACUGCCGGAUGGAAGAGUUCGUUCUGGAAGUGGCCCUGUCUCUCAGGGAGAUGUGCUAAGGAAAUCCUCGGGCUGGACAGGCUGGGAGAUUGCCAGAAGCCAAGGCUUUGCAGCGCCUUAACCACAGUUGCUUCCUCUCCUGGGAGAGCUCAGGACUCUUCCUACCAGGCCCUGGCUCGGACAGAAUGAAAGGUCUCCGCUGGCGUUACACUCGGCUGCCCAGCCGGGUGGAGGAUGCUCUGUCUGUGGAGGAGGGUGAGGAGGAGGAAGAGGAGACAGCCCCAGCCCUGGCUCCGGUCUCAGCUCCUGCUCCUGAAGAUCCGGUGGAGCCCCAGCUGGCAGAAGCCAGCCAGGUUCUAGGAGCCUCGGAGAUUAGGCAGCUCAGCCUCCACCUCCCCGCAAGAGUCAUGGGACAUCCCUGGAGCCUGGCCUUCUGCACAUCGAGAGAUGGCUUCAGCCUGCAGAGCCUGUACAGGCAGAUGGAAGGCCACAGUGGGCCAGUGCUGCUGGUGCUGAGGGACCAGGAUGGGCAGAUGUUUGGAGCCUUCUCUUCCUCGGCCAUUCGACUCAGCAAAGGCUUCUAUGGUACCGGAGAGACAUUCCUCUUCUCCUUCUCCCCACAGCUAAAGGUCUUCAAGUGGACAGGAAGCAACUCUUUCUUUGUGAAAGGAGACUUGGAUUCACUGAUGAUGGGCAGCAGCAGUGGCCAGUUUGGGCUGUGGCUGGAUGGAGACUUGUACCGUGGGGGAAGCCACCCUUGUGCAACUUUCAAUAAUGAGGUACUGGCCCGACAAGAGCAGUUCUGCAUCAAGGAGCUGGAGGCCUGGGUCCUGAGCUGAAGACCCCGUGGUGGGUAGCUUCCUAAAGCAACAAAUGCUCAGACCUGCUCAUGAAUGCCUUCUGGACCCUCCUUAGAGAGGGCUGCCCAUUUUCUCAGAAACCUGGAUGACUAUGGCUAUGACCAGACCUCCUCACGGCCUGGGGACCCGAGACAGUCCUGCAAGCAAGCUAUGUUCUCCGGUAGAGUUGACUGAAGGAGUGAAAGGGACUCACAACUCAUCUGAGCAGCACAAAGAGCCUCAUGAAAUUUCUUUUUAUUU